AUGCCUGUCAUGGUGGAAGACAUCAUGGGACUUCUUUGUUCUGUCUCUGAGGGGAAGAAGAUGAAGGCGGCCUUCAAGCACUCCGGGAAGGGCGCCCUGGUCACGGGGGCCGUAGCUUUCGUUGGUGGUUUGGUUGGCGGCCCACCGGGACUAGCGGUUGGGGGUGCUCUCGGUGGCCUCUUAGGUGCCUGGAUGACAAGUGGACAGUUUAAGCCAGUUCCUCAGAUCCUAAUGGAGCUGCCCGCUGCUGAGAAGCAGAAGCUCUUCAGGAAAGCCACUGCCAUUGUUGGUCACCUGGAUUGGACGGACAUUGUGCAGCUGACCGCUCUAGUCAUGGGCAGCGAGGCCCUGCACCAGCAGCUGCUGGCAUUGGUGGUGAACUACAUCACCACGGAGCUGCGAGCCGAGAUUCAGUAUGGCGACUAG